AUGUUGUUUCAAUCUAUCACUCUCGCCCUCCUUGCUUCAACUGGCAUAGUUGAGGCUCGCAAUGCAAGAGAACUCAUGGAUAUUCAUGAACGUGCUACGAAAGCCACUGGCGACGACACCAGUCUUACUCUGUCAAAAAAUGCCAUCGCAAGCGGAUCAUUCAGUGAUGGGCUCAAGGAAAUCGGUGGUAACGAGGCAUCCCAAGCUGCUUCUGCCACGUCGAAAAACAACUUCAUCAACUUCUGUGCAGGAGAGACCCUGACCAAUGGUCUUCAGGUUGUGACUGGUUCAUGCAAUGGAAUUCCAAUGGGUCAAAUCCCCGCCAAAACCAAAAUGAUGUCUUCGAUCAUCACCUUCCCUUUGGCUGGUAGCGCGACGGUCCAAUCCGAUAAAUCAUUCGAUAUCACCGUUCAAAUGUCCAACAUCACUCCAGGUUUCUUCUCUAACGCUGCUUCUACCUACUUCGCCGCUCCACAGCAGCUUGACGCAUCCGGGGUAGUCAUAGGUCAUACACACAUAACCGUUCAAGACAUGGGUUCCAGUCUCAAUCCAACCAAAGCUUUAGAUGCUACCCAAUUCGCCUUCUUCAAGGGUAUAAACGAUGUUGGAAACGGAAAGGGACUUCUCACCGCUACUGUCAAAGGUGGCUUACCUGCUGGCAACUAUCGCGUAUGCACUAUGGCAUCGGCAACCAAUCAUCAACCAGCCGUAAUGCCUGUUGCCCAGCGAGGAACUGCAGAUGAUUGUACCAAAUUCACCGUUGUUGGGUCUGGCAAAACUGCAAACGCUGCAUCUAACAAUGGAUCAGGUGGAAAAGCCGCAGCAGCUCUCGCAGCCAGCGCCGUCUCAGCGGGCCCGGACAACAAAAAUUCAGCCAGUAGCUCUUCCACAAGCACGACAAGCGCAUCCAGUGCUUCCAAAUCAGCCAGCAACUCGGCGACUACCAGUAGCGCAGCGGCAGCCGCUUCCACUUCCAAGUCCUCUAGCUCUUCCUCUAGCUCUUCCUCUAGCUCCUCCUCUUCAUCUUCAGCACUCGGUGGCCUACCCGCACUACCCGUUACCAAGAGCGGAGAUUCGGCCCGUCCUUUCUUAGUCAAUGGUGACACUUUUGUCAACGAAGCGGCCGCUUCACAACGAAGUUGCGAUAUUCAAUUCAAUGCAUGUGCGGAUGCUUUUAAUCGUGGGGCCGCUAGUGGGUUUGAUAUGGGUGAUUGUCAGACGCAACAGAGUGCUUGUUUGGCUUGA